CGGACGAAAAAGCGAAACCGGCUGUUUACAGUCAUGAUAGCAGCAGUGCACGUCUAAAUUUGUAUAUAAAAAAGGAUGAUUUAAAAUUGUAUAAUGUUACAGUGUAGAGAAUAUAUAACCGCAGAUAACGCAGUUGAUUUUAAGUAACGUAACAUAGUUUUUAUAAAAGGGUUCGCGUGUGCUUAAAAUGAUCAGUCAAAUUUUUAUCUUGUCAUCGAAGGGUGAUCACCUCAUAUAUAAAGACUUCCGUGGAGAGGCGAGCAAAGACUCCAUCAAUGUCUUUUAUGAAAUGGUUACAGCUCUGAGUGGAGAUCAGCCUCCGGUAGUCAUGACACACAAGGACCUUCAUUUCCUCCACAUAAGGCAGGGUGGGCUUUACUGGGUGGUGUCCACCAAGACAAACCCAUCUCCUUUUACUAUAAUUGAGUUCCUUAACAGAUUAGCAGCUCUGACAAAAGACUACUGCGGCAGCUUGUCAGAGAAAUCUGUACGGAUGAAUUUUGCACUGAUUUAUGAGCUGCUGGAUGAGAUGGUGGACUACGGAUACAUACAGACCACCUCAACUGACAUACUUAAAAAUUUCAUCCAGACGGAGGCUGUAACAUCCAAACCCUUUAGUCUUUUUGACCUCAGUAACGUUGGCUUGUUUGGGGCAGAGACCCAGCAGAGUAAAGUGGCCCCCAGUUUUGCAGCCAGUCGUCCUAUAAUGUCCAGCAGAGGGGAGCAGGGUGGAAAGAAUGAGAUCUUUGUGGAUGUGAUAGAGAGGCUAUCUGUGGUUAUUGGUUCCAAUGGGAUUCUAAUGAAGGCAGAUAUUCAAGGAGAGAUUAGGAUAAAAUGCUUUCUACCGACCUGUUCAGAAAUGCGGAUUGGGCUGAAUGAGGAGCUGAAUAUAGGAAAGUCCCAGCUAAAAGGCUAUAGUUCUGCUGUGCGUGUAGAUGAAUGCAGAUUUCACCAGGCUGUUAAACUGGAUGAAUUUGAUACUUUCAGAAUACUAAAAGUUUGUCCAAGCCAAGGAGAGCAAACAGUGAUGCAGUAUCAGCUUUGCGAUGAGCUGCCCUGCCCACCACCAUUUCAGUUAUUUCCUUCAGUAGAAAAAGAUUAUGUGAACAGGGUGUUAAUCUUCCUUAAACUUAGAUGUGAUCUUCCACCAAAAAGUACGGCCCUUAAUGUUUCAGUCACGGUGCCUGUUCCAAAAGGCGCUAUAAGUAUGUCUCAAGAGCUCAGUAGUCCUGAUCAGACUGCUGAACUGCAACCUAAAAACAAAGCCCUUCUGUGGGAGAUCCCACGUUUCCCAGGAGGAGCACAGCUAUCAGCACUGUUCAAGGUGGACGUUCCGGGUCUAAGUUCUGCCUCUUUGCUUGAGGUCGGCCCUGUCAGUAUGUCCUUCGAGCUGCCCAAACAAACAUGCACUGGCCUUCAGAUCCGCUUCCUCAGACUCUCUCCAACUCAGGCAGGACUGUCACAACGAUGGGUGCGAUAUGUCACUCAUUCGGAUUCCUAUACUAUACGGAUCUGACCCGAACAGAUGGAUUUAGCAUUCACUGUAAAUACAGUACAUCACCGGCUGAUGAGUUCAUAAGGAUUUUUGAAAAAUAUGUUGUUUAUGUAAACAUAUAUGUAAAUAUCUACCUUUUCAUCUGGUAAUUCUGUUUACUUUAAUUGUCUGAUACAUGGUGUUUUUGUGUUAUAUAGUAUUAUAUGUCUACUGUAACUGUCAAAUAAGGUAUUAAAAAGUUGAGACAUUGACUAUUAUUAACAGGUAAUAAGCAAGUGGUGUGUAAAUCUCAUUUUAUUAACUUGCAUUCAUUUGUAAUAAACAAAAGAGAAAACAUAUGAGGAAAAUUAAAAAUUGUGUAAUUAUUUUAUUUAAAAAAUUUUCAUUUAGCUGAUGCUGUUAUCGAAAGUGACUUGCAGUGCAUUUAACCUAUAAAUGUUUUUGUCAAUAUGUGUGUUACCUGGGAAUCGAACCCAUUGCCUUUGUUUUGCUAGCACAAUGCUUGACCAAUUAAGUUACAGGACCAUCUAAAUUUAUAUUUUCAUAAUCAAAUUGACUGAAUUAUUAUGUAUUUAUAUUUUCAAAUAAACAUAAAAACAAACAAAAUAUGCUUAUUUGACCUCCUGUUACCAAACCACCUGGCCUGCCCUAGUACUAUUUUUAUUUUUGAUGUAUCUUUCUUUCUAUUUACAAUAUAAUACAUUUACAAAAACACUGAUUACUAAAUAAAAAA